AUCAACACGGCUUGCAUGUUGAAUUUGUAUCUUAACGUUUAGAAUAGAUUGAUCCUAAGUAAAACAUAUGCAGUUUAUGUACAGCCUACCGCUCUCCGGGACAUACAGAAAGACUUCGAUUAGCGAGAGAGUUUAUUGAGACAACCAGGACCUUUCGACCGUGAACGCUCCUCCCGAGACACCGCUGUGUGUGUACAGGCAGAUAUGGCGCUGCCUUUCAGUGGGGCUGUUACAAGUUCACCUAUAAAGAGAAAGAGAGAAAAAACAUUGGCUAACGAGUCAUGUCAAAGCCUGGGCCUAUCCCUCCUGUCAUCUCCAGAUUCAUCAUAUGAGUGUUACUCCGUGAACCCCGUGACGGGCUCCCCCAGCUCCUGCCGCCGGAGCCCCCGCCUCCUCAACAACGGCUACUACGUUCUGACUGAGGACAGCUACACCUGGGAUGACGAAGGCAAUGUCUCUCUCACCCCCUCCAAAAUCAAACUGUCCUACAAAGAGAAUCUAGUCAGAAUCUUCAGACGCAGGCGGAAGGCCCGCCGGUCUCUAGCUAGUCUGUUUAGUGACAUGACUGAGACGUGUCAGUCAUGGCUGGAUGAGAAAGUGUUUGGAGGGGUGCGUCACCCACCACUUGCAGAGUCCUCCUGGAUGGAGCAUAGCACCACCGAUUUGGACACCAGCUGCAGCUUCACUUAUGAUGACAGUGAGAUGAUUUCCAUGCCCACGAAGUUGGCUCACGAGCCAAUGCUACAGGAGGAGAUCGUCACGGAGACCUGUGUCCACCAGGAGCAUUUCGGCCAACCCCUGGGUGGCCUUCUGGAUGUCCCGCCCCCCUCAGCCUUCCUCUCCAAUAGCUGCUGUCCCCCUAAACCCCAGCCAGCAGAUUUUCCCAUGGUGAAAGCGCUCUUCAUCAUUCUCAUGGUCUUUAUCUUCUCUGCCGUAUUUUCAAGGUGUCUGUUGUGGGGACUGACAAUGGCAUUCACCACAUUUAUAUUGAUAAUGAUACAUCUAUUCGUCUCACAGUCUGGGUCCAUGGGCAAGUGGAGAAAAGCGAAGACCGAGGAUAUUACAUCAAAAAAUGAGUAGAUGGAAGCUGUGCGUGCACACACACACACACACACACACACACACUAUCUGUUUACUCAUGAACUGAAUCUAUGAUAAUGAAAAGGGUGGAUGUGGACCACGAGAAAGAGUAAUGUAGAUUCUUACAUUUCAUUAGAUAAAUGCGUGUAGAUUGCACUUGCACAUAAUGUAACAUGAGUUCCAUUAAUCUGGUCUUAAAAACAGGUUAUUGGGCUCAGUUGAGCAGGUAUAGGGUGACACUGGUCAUGCAAAAAUGAGCACAGAUCAGUGGAAUAAAUACAAUAAAACGCAUAAUCAAAAGCAAUUUAAUUUGAAACUCCAAAGAUGUGCGUUAGGAGAAGAUCAUUUAACUGUAUUUUUGUAAACUACGAUGCACGUGAUGAUGCAUUGCGUAUUUGGAACUUGUAUUGGAUAAUAUGCCUGCCGGACUAUUUGAAAUGCUAGUUAUUUUGCUCACUGAUCACUGCCAUUUGCUUGUCUAAGAUGUUUCCCAUAAUCCUGAAUUAUAAAAAAUUAGCCAGUAAUAUUCAUAUCAUAUAUUAUGCACACACGUUUUUAAUAUAUUCUUCAGAUACCUGAAUUGAUAUUGUUGAUAGUUGAUCUUGUUUUUUUUUAAGGCUGUCCAAUGUUACUUAUUUUCUAGCUUCCAGUAUUUUGAAUACAAAAUGCAAGGCCAUUAAAGUAGCAGUGGCUUGCAGUCUGAGACCUGUUUUAUCCUCACAAAAAUGACAGCUGCAACUUUGAAUCUGAAUAGAAGCAAAUGGAAAUACAACAUGCUAAGUGCCUUCUUUAGCUCAGCUUAGCUAAUAGCAUGCUGUGCCUGCUGAACAAAACAGGGCUACAUAUCAGUAGGCAGUAGACUGCGGAAUCCUUAAGCGCAAUCAGAUAUAGUUAAAAUACAGGGAAGUGGCAGAAAAUGCUGCUGGAAAAUAAGUCAGCACUGUGUGAGGAUGCCUGCUGAAAUGUGUAUAUAAAAUGUUUGUAUUCAAGGAAUAUGGGGAGGAGGUGGUCAUUUUCAUAAUACUCAUACUAUUAGUUGCCUCUUGUGGUUAACCACAACCACUUAUCGGUGGAUCAAAAUAAUGGAAUGUGAAUGUUGAGCAUAAUGACAGCGGCAAAGAAUAAAACAAUCACCCCCUCCCUUUAUUUGACUCAUUAAAUGGUACAAUGUUGAGUAUGUAAUGGCAUUGAAGGUUGAGUAAUUAUGGUUGUUUAUCAACCCAGAAGGAAAGUAUGUUUUCUGUCAGGAAAAGGAACAGGGCACAGCAAGUAGCUGAAUAUUGUAUAGCUUUAUACAGUUGACAUAUGAGUCAUGUUUGGACCUCAAACUACAGCAGGAUUUUUUCAGAAUCUAAAGAAAAUAGGUGAUUUGUACUUUAAUAAUUAGUUAAUUUUGUACUGUACAUCUCAACUCGCCAUUCUUUGUAUACAUUGGAUGUUGUUGGUCCUUCAGAAAAGCUGCAUUUGAUUGUCUCCAUAUAUGUACUGUUUGUCCAGACAAAAGUGACUUGAAGUAUUGCUGUAUUUAUUCACUCCAAGUGCCAAAUCUGAAUGAUUACUCCAAAUGAGACAAUUCUCUGACCAGAAAGUGUUAAAUCACCAAUACUUCAUCAAUAAGCCAAAAUUAAUAUAUAUAAAAAAAGGUUUUGCCAGUAGACACCAUUUUAUUGCUAGUUUAUUGUAAACAAAAGCUAAUGUACAUACUACAGUAUAUGUAGACAACAUGGCUGUUAUUUCUUUGUAAUAUUCAUGAUUUAUUGGCAUAUACUGAAUGUACUUUACAAGACCUUGAGAUUUAAGUAAUUUCCUAUUGUGUACAUAAAACAUGUUUGGUCACUUACAGUAUCUUUACAUAAACCAGUUUGAAAUGUAACUUUUUUUACAAUCAUAAUUUGUAUUGCUUUGAUACUCAACUAGUUUCCACAUUUGCAAAAGGUGUGGUCCUUGUAUGCAUGUUUGUCUUUUGCACACUGAAUGCAUUCUAACAAAUGGAUGUAUCUGAAAAUGUAAUCGAUUUCUGUUGUACUCUUUUUAUAUUCUUUAAUAGUUAAUGAGCUAUAUUGCACUGAAAUGUUAAUCUUCUCUAACAGGUUUGUAAAAUAGCUCAACUCAAUUGGCUUAUACAACUUUAUUAAAUGUAAUUUUGUAUCGUUGUCCAAGUAUGUGACCUUAUUUUUAAGAUUCAAUAUUUUCAGGAUCGAUGGAAAUAUCCUGUUUCUAAUGUGAGUCUAUAACGUGACCGUGAAAUGUAUCAUGAAUGACUCGUCAGUGUUCAAACCACUGAACCCUUUCUGCACCAGCUGAGGAGUAGAGACUUAGAUUGAUAGGGCAGUAAAUCUUUCAUUGACUGUAAGAGGCCUUCAUGUAGCAGUGAGCCUGUGCAACAUCCAUCCAUUCAAUUUGACUGGCUCUUUUAGGAACCCUAUUAAAUCAUGACUACACCAUGCUCGUAUUAUUGUAAAAAAUAAAUAAAAACUGUCUGGUUAAUACACUAUUACAAAAUUUGCACCAUGAAAGUUAUUUGUUUGACAAUACCACUUACACGUCUACAAACUAUCACUAUU